GACGGGACAGGCUGCUCCGCUGAGCCCGCGGCUCCUGCUCCAAGGAGGACCAUGAAGACACCCGCGAGGCCGCCGCUGACCCUGCCGUGGGCACUGCCGCUCCUGCUGCUGGUGCUGGCCCCGUGCGGGGUGGCAGGGGACGUGCCCACCUACCAGUGGUGGGAUGCGGACACUCGGGAGUGGCUGACCUGUGGCCAGUGCCCCCCGGGCACCUUCGUGCACCAGCCGUGCGGCCGGGACCGCCCCACAGCCUGCCGCCCGUGCCCGCCGCAGCACUACACGCGGUUCUGGAACUACCUGGAGCGCUGCCGGUACUGCAACGUCAUCUGCGGGGAGCACGAGGAGGAGGCGCAGCCCUGCUCCGUGGUCCACAACCGCGCCUGCCGCUGCCGCCCUGGCUUCUUCGCGCUUGCGGGCUUCUGCCUGGAGCACUCGCCAUGCCCGCCUGGCUAUGGCAUGGUUGCCCUCGGCACCCCCACCCAGGACACGCAGUGCCAGCAAUGCCCUCCGGGCACCUUCUCAGCCAACAGCUCCAGCUCAGAGCAGUGCCAGCCCCAUCGCAACUGCACGGCCCUGGGCCUGGCCCUCAACGUGCCGGGCACCCCAUUCCAUGAUGCCAUGUGCACCAGCUGCAGGGGCUCCCCACUCAGCACACCAGAGCCAGGGAGUCCAGGUGACUGGAAGGGGGCAGGAGCGGAGGAGUGUGAACGCGCCCUUGUGGACUUCGUGGCUUUCCAGAACCUCUCCUUCAGGAGGCUCCUGCAGCUGCAGCAGGCCCUGGGGGGCCCGGGGGCCCAGAGCCCCCCACAGCUGUGGGAGGACUGGCAGGACCGUGUGUCCUUGCAGCAGCAGCUGCGGCAGCAGCUGACGGAACUCCGAGAGGCGCGGCCCGGGGCGCUGAUGGCAGGGCUGCUCCAGGCCCUGCACACAGCCAGGUUGCUGGGGCUGGAGCGCACGGUCCGGAAGCACUUCCUCCAGCCCACGGAGCCCCCUCCCUAUUUAUUGUACUGA